AUGCCGACAUGUUGGACUACAUUCCUGACUAAAGGGGUGAGUGAUCAUUGCCUAGCUAAGCUAGCAUUAUUGGAGACUCAGGUAGGAAAGAGGAAGUCCUUCAAAUAUUGUAACUUCUGGAGUGCUCAUCCAUCAUUCCAGGAUAUAGUAGAGGCAGGGUGGACAACACAAAUAAUGGUAUAUACCAUGCUAAGGGUAGUAAAGAAGUUGAAGUUUUUGAAGAAAGACUUGAAAAUGUUGCAUUCUAGACAUUACAGAGGUAUUAUUACUGAGGUUGAGGCUGCUAGAGAUGACCUAGCUAUUAUGCAAGGUAGAUUGCAACAGAAUCCAUUGGAUACUCAGGCACAAAUUGAAGAAAGAGUAGCAUUUAAGCAAUUUCGACAGCUCUCUGCCCUAGCUGAAUCCUUCUUGCUUCAAAGGAGCAAGGCCACUUGGAUUAGACUUGGUGAUGAUAAUACCAAGUAUUUUUUCUCAUUAAUCAAGCAAAGAAUAUUAAUGCAUGCGGUUACUCAAUUACAAGAUGAGAAUCAAAUUGUUCAAACGAACCCGGACAAAGUGGCUGAUAUCUUUGUGAAUUUCUACCAGCAGUUGUUGGGUGAUACUGGGGGACCUAGGUUGAAGUCUCAUGCUGGAUGUUACUUGGAGGGGCACAGGCUUACGAUUGAGGAACAACUACUACUUUUACAAGAUUUCACAGGGAAGGAGGUUAAGGAAGCUAUGUUUAGUAUUAAUGAAAAUAAAAGCCCCGGACCUGAUAGUUAUGGGAGUGGUUUCUACAAGGCAACUUAG